AUGGAUGAAGCAGCAUGCCAAGCCUAUGAUUAUGGGGUGCGGUCUCCUGUGCGAGAUGCCUGGACACCAGAGAAUGAGAAGCCAGGUCCGCUGCAGGCCAGGUCCGAAUGCAGUGACCGCUUCAUCCCGAGCAGAGCUGCUUCGGACCUUGAGAGUGGGCUGACGCUGCUCUCAGAGAGCUCUCGGCCACCAGAAGCGCGCGACGAGAACAACUCGGUCUAUGCGCAACUUCUCCGGAGCGAGCUCCUUGGGAUCCGCCCGGGGUCGGCCGAGAAGGAGGAAAAACCCUUUAGGUCUCCAGACAGCAAAAGCCUCUUCAAAUACAAGAGCUGCCCGCAGGUCAGUCACGAGGAUGCCUUUUCCUUGUCACCCGUUUCCUUCCAGAGCAGCCGCUUGCUGAGCACACCCCGAAAGGCGCCAAGAAAGAUCGCAAAAGUGCCUUUCAAGGUCCUGGAUGCUCCCCAGCUGCAGGACGACUUCUAUCUGAACCUGGUAGAUUGGUCCUCGGCGAACGUGCUAUCGGUAG